AUGCAGCUACGAGCCUUGUUCCUUAUUGGGACAUUCCUGACUUCAGCUGCCCAAGGGUUCAACAUCUCUCCGUUGGAACUGCGAUUUCCUCUUCUCCGUCAACUGCGACUGCUGAACGAUGAGACGAGUGCAUCGCUGAACCUGGCGUCUUCGAAGGUAUUUAUUGAGCACAAUUUUUCGGUUCCUGUUGACCAUUUCCACAAUGAAUCUCGAUAUGAACCCCAUACUCACGACCAUUUCAACAUCCGCUACUGGUUCGAUGCCAGUCACUACAAGGAAGGGGGACCAGUAUUUCUCAUUGCAGCCGGAGAGACGGAUGCUACGGAUCGCUUCCCGUUCCUGUCUCAAGGAAUUGUGACCCAGUUAGCCAAAACCUAUAAUGGCCUUGGGGUUAUCCUGGAACAUCGCUAUUAUGGACGGAGCUACCCCUUCGCCAAUCUCACCACGAAGAAUAUUCGAUUCUUGUCAACAGAGCAAGCAUUGGCGGAUUACGCUUACUUUGCUUCCAACGUUGUUUUCCCUGGACUGGAGCAUCUGAAUAUGACUGCUGGGGCCGUACCAUGGAUCGGAUAUGGAGGCUCCUAUGCCGGGGCAUUUGUGGCUUUUCUUCGCAAGGUCUACCCGGACGUCUUCUUCGGGGUUGUUUCAUCGUCUGGAGUCACCGCGGCCAUCGACGACUAUUGGCAGUAUUAUGAGCCUAUCCGCCAAUUCGCACCGUCCGGCUGUGUAUGGAGUGUGGGAACGUUCAUGGAUAUUGUGGACACCAUACUGGUUGAGCACUCCAAGAACAAGACAAUGAAAUCGCAACUCAAGGCUAUUUUUGGUGCAAAUCCAUCCAUUAGCGAUGAGUUUUUCGUUGCGGCUCUCUCGAAUAUCCUCGGAGCCUUUCAAGGCCGGAACUGGGAUCCUGCGGUCGGCGAUGGCACCUUUCAAAUGUAUUGCAAGAAUCUCACGAGUCCGGUAUUGCUCUAUCAGCGGAAUGAUACCAUAAAGGCUUGGGCGGAGGAGCUCAUCUCGACCACAAAGUACGAGGCAACCAACUCCAGCUUGGUCACAGGGAUGCUCAACUAUGCCGGAUACGCGAACGCUACGAUUUUCUCCCGUCUCGAUCAGGGUUCUCUGGAGAGCUCCUCCAAUCCCGAGUUACGACAGUCCCUGGAAAAAUCGGCAGGGGUUAGUUGGGGGUAUCAAGUCUGCACCGAAUGGGGAUACUUUAUGCCCGGAUCAAGCGUCCCAACCGAUAGACUGCCACUCGUCUCCCGUUUGCUCACGCUUCCCCGAGCAUCUCAGUUCUGCAAGGACGACUUCAACAUCACCACACCCCCUGAUACCGACCGGAUUAACAAGCACGGCGGAUUCAACUUCUCUUACCCCCGUGCGGCCAUUAUCGAUGGACUGGCCGAUCCUUGGCGUGACGCGACACCACACGCGGACGGUGUUCGGCCGAGGAAUUCAACGGACGAGGAGCCGUUUAUCCUUGUUGAUGUCCCGGCUGAGGACGUCUGGGAUGGAAUUCGCGGUGCGGUACAUCACUGGGACCAGAAUGGCUUGUCUGAAGAAGACGUAAAGCAAGGAAAAACCGCACCAAAGGCCAUAGUCGACCUUCACCAGGAAAUUGUACGGUUUGUGGGAGUGUGGCUGGAGCAGUGGGGAAAACACGAGAAUGUCUCAGACCCAGCGGUGAACAUGGCAGUUGGACAUGGACAAAUGGUGCUGGAAGGGAAUCGAGCACUCAUGAGUUAA